AUAGCUUAUUCAAGUCCCUCUUCACUCAUUUCUUAUCUGUCACAGAUCAACCCAUACAUCUCCAUAUCUCUCUAACCAUAUCACCAUAAUCCUCCCCCAUCCAACCCCUUAUGCCCUUCCUUCUAAGCUCUGCUUCUCCCUUGAGUCACAGAACAUCAUCAUCACCACACCUCUCUCUAAGCUAUCUAGAUUAAUUUCUAUGGCCGUCAACACUUUCCAAUCCACAUACCACAAUCACCACUCUACUACUCAUGACAUUCCUCCUUCCACCACCACUCUUUUCCUUAAACCCACACACACCACCGUAACCUCCUCCCCUCUCUCUUCUCAUCACCACCUUCACUCUCUCGUGAUCUCUUCAACCAAAACGUUCUCAGUCUCGCCCACCACCUCAUUUUCGACUCCUUCUUCUUCCUCCUCCUCCUCCAAAUCCAACACCUUCGACCUCCUACAGCAGCACCUCUCCGCCCAAAACUUCCGCGAAGCCGACGAAGAGACUCGCCGCCUCCUCAUCGUCCUCGCAGGUGAGGCAGCCCAAAAGCGAGGAUACGUCUUUUUCUCCGAGGUCCAGUUCAUCCCCGAAGCCGACCUCAAAGCCAUUGACGACCUCUGGAGACAGCACAGCAACAACAGGUUCGGCUACUCCGUCCAGAAGAGGAUAUUCUUCGGAAAGGUUAACCAGGACUUCACCAACUUCUUCAUCAAAGUCGGGUGGAUGAAGAAGCUCGACACUGAGGUCGACCAGUACAACUACAGAGCUUUCCCUAACGAAUUCAUCUGGGAGCUCAACGACGACACACCCGAGGGUCAUCUGCCAUUGACGAAUGCUUUGAGAGGGACCCAGUUGCUGAAAUGCGUUCUGAACCAUCCAGCAUUUAAGAACACCGAAGAAGAAGAAGAACGGCUACUCCAAGCGGGCAGGGCCGCCGUUGAAGGUAAUAAAGCAGCUAGUGGUGGAGGGUUGAAGGGGUUAAUGGAUGGAUCCAAACCUCUGAACAAGAGGGUGCUCGAAUCAGACUAUAGCUUUUGAUCACUUCAUUCUGGAACAGAUGCACAGGAAUUUGAUAUAGAAUCUGGGCUGCUUAAUUGAUUGCUUCUACCUUUUUUCUUUUUCUUUUUCUUUUUUAAAUAAUUUAUUUUUGUGCCUACAAAAGGCAUGAUUUAAGUGGUGCUGGACAAGUGGAAGUAUGUUUUUAUAUAGAAUAUGAUGGGUCCAACUGUGUGAAAUGUGCCCGAUGGGAGCAAAUGUGUAGAACGUUACUCUUGUUUUAUUGUGGCGUUUCGAAAAGAACAGACAAAUCAGAGAGCCUGCCCCUUCUGUUUU